GAGAAUGCAAUAUAUACCUUCUUUACACUUCAGCUGUGUCUUUGCCUGGGAGUUGCCCAUCCUAACAAGCAAGCCUUGUUCCUCCUCUUUCUUCUGUCUGAGGGAAUAAAGACUACCAGCCAACAUGUCUGAGAAAAGGAUGUCUAUGAGCAGAAAGCACACCCUGAAGAGCUUAAUGCUCCAAGUAGCGAAAGACCUCCUGGAAGCUGAAGCUGUAGAGAAAGUGGAGGAGAGGAAGAGGUACAUGGAGGAGCACUGCCCCCCUCUUUCACUGCCUGGCAGCAAAGCGGAUUUAGAGGCACUCUGCAAAGAACUACAUGAGAAGAUUAUUGUUAUAGAUGAGGAGAGAUACAACCUCGAACACAAAGCCAACAUGGUUGUUGAAGAGGUCAAAGACCUGAAUAUAAAGAUUGUGGAUCUGAAGGGCAAGUUCAAGAAACCUCCUCUUAAGAAAGUACGCAUGUCAGCUGAUGCCAUGCUUCAGGCUCUGCUGGGCUCCAAGCACAAGGUGAACCUGGACCUGAGAGCCAAUCUGAAACAAGUGAAGAAAGAGGUCAAAGAGGAGGAUAAGGAACUGCGUGAUGUUGGUGACUGGCGUAAGAGCAUUGAGGACAAAGCUGGCAUGGGAGGAAGGAAAAAGAUGUUUGAAUCAGAGGCUUAAAUGAAUGGACCUGCGCACGCGUGGAUUAGCUAGCUUAUUAUGUCACCAUUGUUUCCUUAUCAUUAUAGUGUUCAGAGCAUAGUUAUACCACAAACUCUUUUCAUUUUUCUUCAAGUAGCUGUUUUAAUGUAUGAUCAAGCAGAUAUUGUUGUAUUACCUUCCAAACUCAGCAGCUCAUUACACAACAUUAUGUCAUACAAUGUAUCCGAAGAUGUUUUUUCUUUUCCAAAUAAAUGUAUUCUUCUGUGA